AUCUUAUGUAGUUUCGGUCAAAAUAAUAUUUUCUAAAUUCUAAAUUAAUCGCAAAAUUUUCGGCACUUCCCGAGCGAGUGCCAGAAAGUGGAACUGCCCUCCGAAAUAUUCUGCAACUUGCAGAUUUUCGAUUAAAGCAAUAACCAGAUUGGAUACCCAGCGAUCGUCUGUUUUUAUUUUAAUCGAGAAACUUGUAAUUUCAAUAGAAAGUUCGGCGGAUGCCAUGACCAAAUGACGCAGCUAAUGGCCAGCUCGUGUCUGUAUUCACGGCAGAAAAAGGUUGAAAACACCAGGCCUGGCACCGUGUUUAUGUUUGUGAAUAAAUCCGGUAAUGUUGUUGAGGCAAAGAAGUAUGACGGAUAUAACUUCAAAGAUGCCAGUAAUCCUUCUGUGCGAAAAAAUGGCACACAAUCAAGUAAAUCGUAUACAGCUUCGGUGCAGCAAAGAGCCCUGCAGAUAAUGAAAGCAAAUUUUCCACAUAAUGGAGGCUCUCAAAAGGUCUCACCGCAGAAAAGUUCCCCAAAUGAAGGCGGUUUCUUACGAAUGCCGUCUGGAAAAAGUUCACGGCCUAAAACGAUUGGGGACAAAAAAGGUCCCCUAACGUCCUCGGGUUUAAGGAAAGGCUCUCAGAAAACGACUUGCCAGGAACUAACAGACAAGAAGGCAAGUACAAAGCCCCUCUCCGGGGCAGAUGAAAAGGCUUUGGUCAAGACCAAGCCGAAGCGUACGACAAUCAAGUCAAAUCCCUCUAAAAAACGACCUGCAAAGUUGGCGGUGGACAGUAUUAAUACUGAUGGUGUUUGGUUCGAGUGCAAUGUCCCCUUUCGGGUCAAGAUACCUUUCCCCAUUUGUACGCAAAACCUGUUUGGGAAUUCGCUACCCGCUGUCCCCAGUAUGAAUAACAAUACCAUCUGCAAGUGCGGAUCUAUUGUCGAGGCAGAACAGGGUCGAAAAGGGGGUAGCCCGCCUGCCCUACCCCCAAUGUGCAUCACAGUGAUUCCUGGCAUCAAUCAGAACACGCCUAUCGACCAGUCGACAUCCUCCCAUUUGGCGGACCUUAAGGAGACCUCUGGGAAAGCCAGGACGAGCACGGAGAGGAGGUUUAAAGGUGCCAAGCGAUGUUCUGUUUGUGAGACUUGCACCCAAACUGGCUAUAGCAUGGAGCAGGAACCCCUGUCGAAUCCUCUGUUAUCCUGCCUGGAACAGAUCCGACAGCAUUUGCGUGCUGAGGCCGAGAAUGCCCCGAAGAAGCAGACGACGAUGCAGAAAUGCGAGUGCCGAUGUUUUGCUGAGAAGUCCACAAGUGUGAGGAGUGUUGACGGUAAGACUGUGAAGGGUAAUGCAGCACCGAGUGCUGCUGCAGCACUUAAAAAUAAGCGAAGAAAAACUCCUUUGAAGACCCAGAAGAUGAGGUUAAAAUCCUCAAAGAAGGACGAAUCGAAUGAUAUGGCGUUCGAAGAAUAUAUGACUCAAGACCAGCCCGGAUGCAAGCCCGGAUGCCAGACCGGAUGCCAGCCCGGAUGCCAGCCCGGAUGCCAGUCCGGAUGCCAGACCGGAUGUCAUCAUUGGCCCACGAAUAUGAGCUGUAGACGUAUGCGAGCCUGUAAUGCGUGUCCAUUUGUUCAAUCACCGAUGUUUGGCCAUAGCCAGAGAGAGCCACCGGCAUGUUGCAAGUUAAAAGCUGGCGAAUCAAAGAGGUCCGCCUCUGACAUAGCCACUUCUGGCUUCUCUGGCUCUGGCAAUGUUUUGACAAGAUGUGACAGUGAAAGGGACGAUUCUCUUCUGUCCACAGUCCCAAACAGUCUGCCUGGAGAUUGUAGCGUAGAAUGUUGCGCCUCAAACACCACAAGCGACGAUAAUCGGAACUCUGAUCGGAAUAAUGAUAGUUUCUGUUGCGCUUGCAGACCAGAAGGUGGAGUCUCAGCUAGUCUCAGCCGAAGGAACGAUAGACACCCUGGAGAUCGCAGCCAAAAAUCCCAUGUUUCUUAUGUGGAUAAACGAAUGUCAGAUGACAGCAAAUCAGAGCAAACGGACGAGGAACUCGAUUGUGAUCGUGGUAGCGUGCCAGUAAAGGGUCUGGAACGUGAUGAACGUCCUCGAAUGAAAAUGAAACCCAAAGAAAACCGAAAAAGUAGAAACAUAAAGUCACGAUCCAAAUCGGCACCAGCAAAUAUCAGAUGCAGAUAUGGUACGGUUCGACCAUUCGAUGGUAAAUUCUUCGUAGCCAAAAAACUAAUCAUUAAAAAGAAUGAGAUUAUUGACUGCGGAUCUACUCCUACUACUACGGAUCAAAGUGAGUGCGAGCUCUGUCUCGGUAAUGGCCAUCGAUUGGAGAGGAAUGUGGUAGAUCGGCAGGUCUCUGGCGGAAGCGAGGACCCCGAGAAGAAAGUAUGUUCCAACCAACAACAACAACAACCGUUGGUGCUGGUACCUUUUCGCCUGGAGACCAAAAAUAGUGGAAAAACACUAGUCAAAUGUCAGGCAAAGGAAUGGCAGAACCUGACCUUGACGAAUGUGACAGAGGCAAUGCCCAGGAAAUUACCUGUAGCCCCGGAGUCCUCAAGUCGAGCUCCGAGAGGCACUCGUCCAGCUGCUAGAGCUGCGCCCAGAAGAGCUUCCCCCUGCCCACCAACACUCGGAUGUCGGGGUCGCUCAGCGCAACAGGAGUGCAGGCCUUACCCAUCGUCAAGAGUAAGAUGUCCACGCCACCCCAAUGGGCAACCACUGUCUCAUCGAAAUGUGAUGAGGAAUGCCGAUGUUCGCAGCAGAUGUACCAGACCCGCAGCUCCGCAACCUCCGCCGAGAAAUGCUUCGCCUGCUCGCAGGAACCAUCAGCAGGCAACAUUAAGCACAUUCAUGGUAUAUGGGAUAAGACCUGAGUGCAGGGGAAGACGACAACUCUCUCCUUCAGAGAACAGGAGUAAUAAUCUAAGCCCAUCCGCUGUUCCCCAAAAUGGGCUAAACGCAUCCAUUGCGAAUAGCUGCGAAUGCGACUCCACAGCGAACAACCUUCAGCAUGAAGCUGAAGCCAGUCCGAAGACCACAACUCCUCCGGGCUCGGAGCAAACUUUGACGGAGCCAAGCCAAUAUUCCUGCUGCCUGGUCGCCUGCAAACAACAGUGCAAUAAAUGUAGUGCAGAAACUGUGACCCUGAUGCAGCCCAGACCGCUACGGAGCAAUGGGAGCUUGCAGAGCGACGGCUGUGCUGAUCAGGAAGCGUCGGCUAGGGACGAAUAUAACCUGAUCGAUGAGACCCCGUCCUGCUCUGAUGAGGAUAAUCAGCUCCAAUCUGGCUACGGGCCACCGUCGUGCCACUUUAGGUGCCAGCAAUACGCAGCAGUUGCCCCAAUGCGCUGCAAUCAGAGCUCUUCAAUGGGAAGCUUUGUGGGAAAUCAGUCGGAAUUUAUGAUGGGAAUGGAGUUCCAGUCACAGUCACAUCCGUAUACCUGUUCCCAGCAGAGCUGCGACUGCUCUGUGUGUUCGAACGCCACUGGCCUGAUAGACCCGCGGGAUAUUCUACCCACAAUGUCAGCGCACUCCCCGGCCCUAGUGCAGAUGUCCUUUGAGCCAAACCAAAUGCCAGUGGGGACCUAUCAGCCGCAGAUGCAACAGAGCUAUCAGGCACAGAUGCAACAAUGCUAUCAGCCAGAGCAAUCGUUUCAUCAAGUCGAAUGCCAUCCCAAUCAAAUGUACGGUAGUCAAUAUCCUUUCUACCGCCCUGAAGAUUUGAAGGAGAGUGUCAGAAGUAUGCCAGUGGGGUUCUAUGAGCAGACCAUCAACAAGUACAAGAUCGAUCCCUUGGAUUCGAAUUUUAGGCCGCCAUCUCUGGGCUCAUCCUUCUUCCAGCAGCUCCAACACCAAAUGCAAUCCAAUGCUUGUCUCCUGAGGAACCAAUGUCAACAGCAAUACCAAUGUGCGCCUAUCUGCGGACAUUCCAAUCAACAUUGUGUCCAUCAUCAGCAGCAGCAGCACCGGUCACAGGUGCAGAUGCAGGCUUCUGUAUGCCACUGUCCCUAUUAUAUGAUCCAAAAUCCAUUCCCGCAACCGCAACCGCAGCAGCAACAGGCACAGCCACAGCAACAGAAGCCACGAAAGAAUACCCAGUUUAAAGACUUUGAUCGAACUGACAUAUAAUACUUAAAAGCAAACAAAUAAAAGACCAAUUUCGGAUCAAUUCAA